AUGGCCGAGCCUGAUCUCGUCCGUCCCUCAACGUCGCAUUUCGGCGCCCCGGCCCUCCAGAGGAGGUUUCUUCUCUCCAGCCCGGGGCGGCCUCGAACCGCAGCUGGCCUCCUGGAGCCGAAAACCGCCCCGAUACCCUCGCAAGCCCCCUUGGCUGUCAAAGUCUGCAUCAAGUUCCAGCCCUCUCUGGACUUCACCUACGAAAGACACUACCAGUCCUCCUACGCCUUCGUGCCCACGGACCAGAUAUGCCGCGCCCUUGUGCGCCGCUUGACGCACUGCUCAGAUGAGCUGCUCACCCGCAGAGACUCGGCCGCCCUCAGGAGGAACAUUCCCCAGAUCGGCGAGGGGAAACCACUGCGUUUCGAGCUCAUCUACCAGAUCUACCGAGGAGGCCCGGAACCCUGGGUCACGAAAUCCUUCCGCUCCUACCAAAAGCAUCCCCUCGACAAGCCCUCCGCCAUGGAGAUCGCCCGCUCUACCGACCGCAUCAUCGGUUCUUUCAUGAAGCUUCAUGACAAGUCUUUUAGAUGGAUGCACGGAAGGACCAGCGAGCGGCCCUCGAGCGACCUGGAGUUACUAAAGCCCCUCAGUAACCCCGUCUCGCUCCUUCACAUCCCCCAGUCACGCUUCGUCGAGGCCACGCAAGACUGGGAGUUCGUCCCCGGCUACGAUAUCACCCUGUCCUUCCGCAGUCGAUGCAAGUCACGCAGACAACGGGAAUGGCAGCGCACCCUCACGCUCAAGAGCAACCAGAGCUCUCCGCUGACGCUGUCUCACGGCGAGGACAUGGCCUGGGUCUUGUCGACGGCAAUGCAGCGUGCAUUGGAUGUUAGGAAGAUGGCUUUUGACAGGCAGCAUCGUUCUUGCAACGCCUUCGACUUCCUGGAUGAGUGCCACCAUUCCGAGCAGGACGCCGUCCACGUCGGGUUCCAUAUCCAAAACCGACUCGGACUGGACCAUAGGCACCUGCGCCGCGAGCUGGACAGUAACCUCCUCCUCUUCCAGGACCCGGACGGCCUCGACUGCGAGGAGUUCCUGGACCAACUCCAGCAAGCCUUUGAAUCGGUUCGGGAUGACACUGACUUGGAAAUGAAUGAGAUGGACGAUCUCAGAAUCACAGUCUAUGAGCUGUCUGGGCGCGGUUGGAAGACCGAGAAACCAUUCGCCGUGUGUCUCAAUUCAACUGCCUGCUAUUGCCGGCGGACCGUCAAAGCCAUUCUUGACAGAGUGCAGACGGGCGUUGCCGACAUUCUUGGCGGCAACGAUAUGAGUAUAACGCUCAUGGUCCACAAACGUGGCCAUCUCGUUUUGGACAAAACGCUCGUGGCCCGUUCGCCAUCCUACGCGACGGGACAGCGUCAAGACGAGGAUCCCGAGACUUUGAAGGAACGUUUCGUGUCGAGGCUCAAGGAACGGAUCCGGUCUGAUGUUGUCAUGGUCAUCAAGGACACGUGCUCCCUGACCGAUUGCGAGCCGCAGAACAUCCGCACCAUCGAGCGACCGGUCCCCGCAGCGAGUGACCCUGCUGAGAUGGAAGCUUGUGCUCCUAGCAGCCCGCUCCCAAUCUCGACACCCAAUGGGGUCGCGCCGUCGUCGUUCGGCGGGAGCUUCACUGAGUCGUCCGAACCUUCGGGUUCGCCAGGUGAAACGCUUCAGGGUGGUAGUGGAGGGGUUGAGUCGGCUCCCGAAAGCGUCAAUGACACCGUGGGGCCCUCGCAACAUCCUGAAACCCCAGCCAAAGCAGUCGCCUUCAAAGACCAGGCCAGUUCUCCUGGCCGAAGCCCCUUGUCCUUCUCCGUGACCGAGGACGGCGAGACUACAUAUCCCUCGUCGUCCUCGUCCACCCCGAGCCUUGUCGACGGAGACAUUGGAUCGCCUCACGAGAGCCUACUGUUCACGCCCACGUUUAUGCGAACGCUUUCCGGAACGCCUCAGCACUUUGAAGUCAACCCGAACAUCGCGAGUUCCGAUACCUCCGACAGCGACCUCACCGACGAUUCCUUGGCAGGGCCGCCGACACCAACGAUGCAGCGAUUCAACGGACCGCGGCAGUUUAGCCUCAUGGGCAAAGGGCGCCGCUCCGUUUCGCGUCAGUCUGUGGUGUCGAUUGACUCUGGAUCCGAGAAGCGGUCGCUAAGCGACUCCGAGUCUUCGUCUUCGCCCGCAAUUGAGGAUGCCAUCAUUCAGGGCCGGGAAGUGGCGUCAGAGUUUGAGGCUGGCCCUAAAUUCGCACCCGCGCCUUCGACGGCACCACCUGAUGCAAAGGUAGAACUAGCCGCCAAAGAGCCCUCGCUCGAAGGCUGGCUGGAGUACUGCUGCGUCUCGGUUGAUUCUGAAGAACAAGCGACCGUGUCGGAACCGGAGCCAGCGGCUGCAGCUGAGGUAUACGGAAAAUCCGAGUCGGCGCAGAAGGAGCCAGCGGUUGUCAUCACUCCAGUCGAGACCCGCCCGAGGCCUUCCACUCCUCCGCGAUCCUUCGAAGGUUUCUUGGAAUACGCCAUUGAAACCAUCGUCGAAGAAGACGAGGAGGACUCUGACGCCGAGUUCCAUGACGUGGGAUCCCCCUCCGUCUUGGCUUCGAUGCCGAGCCCCUCGAGCUUCGCGACCGCCUUGGAGACGGGCCUCAACUCCCCCGCCUACUAUGAAGAUGCUUUUGCUCUCGACGCCGCGACACCCUCGCUCAGCCUUGUUGACUCUGCCUCUCCUUCUUCGGGCAACAUGAACAAGGCCCCGUCGCCGCAAUCGAUCGGGUCCGCUACCAUUGCCGAGAGUACUGCAUUCACUCUUGGUUCGACUGUCAAAGUCGGUGCUUGUACGUCUCUCAUUGACACGAUUGAACCUGUCACUUCCACUCCACACGUUCCCGAGGCCAUCCAGCCUCCUUCUCUCCCCGAAGCAAUAGAGGUUGUUUCUACUCCUCGAGCUGCUAAAUUUUCUCCCACCCCUGCACCUUUUGCCCCCGAGCCAUCCGAUCCGUGCACCCCCGAAGCCGUUGUGCCGUCCUCGCUCUCAAUGGAACCCCCCGAAUCGAGCCAUCACCCCUCCAAGCCAACUCCUCCGGUUCCGUCCUCCCUAACCCUGGCAGAGACCCAUUCCGUCUCGUCGGAAGUCCCGAACACGCCAACAUCGACGCCCUCAUUCAGCGACAAAGACGAUGAGGAAGAUGUCCUGAAACAGUCGAGUCCUCCACCAUUGAUGUCCGAGGCGGGGGAUUCUGACUACUCAGAAUCCUCCGAGCCCACCAUGCCGUACCCGGAACUCCUUGACCAAGAGGUCGACACGGCCGAAGUCCACGACGAUACGUCAAUGACCCUUUCACACUGGCCGCAGAGGGCAUCCUUCUUUCUCCCAGAUGAGGCGAGUGAUGUCUACUUUGCCCACAUGCGCAAGCUCUCCAUCCCGCGCCCACUGCUCUCGCGCCCGAGUUCAAGCGCGGCAUCACUCGACUCGCCCUUUUCGCACAAGCGGCAGUUCUCAUCGCCGACGGCGGGGCUCUUUGGGCUUCAGGAGCCCCGGCGUCUCGAUAUUGGCCUCCGUGGGGCGCUGCUCGGCAUCGCUGCGCUGCAGAAGCAGAGCAGGCUCGAGCGGAGACCGUCGCAGGUGUUGCUGAAGCUCGACAAUGAUAAGGGCAUGGUCGUCGUGCCCGGCCGCAGUCGGCAAAAUAGCGAGACGAGGGGCAUUGGCGGUGCCGGCGUCUUGGGAUUGGGUAACGCUUUUGCGUUGUAG